UUUGAAUCACUUCUCUUCUCACGCCCUAUAAAUAAAUUCCCAUUCCCUCUCUCAAAUUUCCAUCGUUUCAUUUCCGAUUCUCUAAUUUCCUCUUUCCUCCAUCAGAUUAUUCUUCAUCUUCAAUCCAAAUCCAUGGCUGCAGGAAACAACAGCUCCUACGAUUGGGCCGACCAGUGGGACUACAACGACUCCGCCGACGUAGUCACAAAUAACAAGAAGAAGAUCAGCGGCAGCGGUGGAAAUAGUUCCGCCAAGUAUAAGCAGAAGGUCGGGGAAGGGCUUGGGAAGACCAAAGCUGUGGCCUCUAAUGGCGUCAAAAAGGUUAAAGAAGGAACCUCCCUUGGUUUUCAAUGGAUUAAAGAUAAAUAUAAUAAAACUGCUCAUAAGAAGUAGAAUUGUUCAUUCUUUUUAAUUUCUCUCUGUAGAUCUCUAGCUGCUUUCGUUUUGAUUAAUAUCUUUGAGUUCUCUGUAUCUUUUUUCUAUUUGGUUAUACAGAUACACACACACACACACACAUAUAUAUAUAUAUAUAUGUACACAAUAGAUUGUUAUUAUUCUUUUGUUAAUAUGAUUUCAUUUGAUCUCUGUUUUCUCUUGA